AGCUAGCCAGCUGCAUCAUAUUGUUGCACCAACAUCUUUCAUUGUUUAGCUGCUGCCGAGAAUCACGGAAGAUCUUUGCUUGAGUUGAGGAUCAUAAGAUCAUGGGGGACUCCUCUGCCUCAUACAUACAUAUGGUGCAGCACUUGAUAGAGAAGUGUCUGAUCUUCCACAUGAGUAAGGAAGAGUGCAUGGAAGCACUGUCCAAACAUGCAAAUAUCACCCCAGUCAUCACUUCUACUGUUUGGAACGAACUGGAGAAGGAGAACAAGGAAUUCUUCGAGGCCUACUCUCAAUCCCAAAGCAAACAAGAUCGGAUGUCGGAAGAAGAGACAAGUCAAAUGAUUCAGAAGAUGAUUUCUGAUUCCUCCAAAAACUCCGACGAAUAAAACGCCACCAUGGAAAACGAUCUUACCUUAAUUUUCCAUCUCUUCUCCCUAGCCCCCCUAGCCAGCAUAAAUCAUUAUAUAUUGCUGUAUCUACGUGGUCCUAUAUUACAAAUGUUUAUAAAGGGAAGAUUGCAGAGCCUCUUAGCAUGGUCCCCUAUUUCACCUUCCACGUAGUGGACAAUUGAAUCUAUUUCAUGAAAAAGAACAGAUGCGUAUAUAUGUAAUUGCUUACGUGGUGAAUAAUGAUUGGGGUGAGUAGUUCAUUAUCUAUGAAGCUGUGUAUGCAUGUUGCCAAAGGAGAGAAACGAAGGGAAGUUCUUCCCUUGGCAACAUCUGAAAUCUUUGUGUGUUCUGUUGUCUGUAUAAGAAUUGGUCUUUUCUGUCAUAUAAUGUAUAAAAAAUGGCAUAUGCA